AUGGCGACCGAAAAGACAAUGGCGGUGCUCUCGCCACCGCACGAGCUGAACGAUAACCAGCGUUCGCAGACGCCCGACAACGACCUCACGGUCGACGCAGACAAGAAGGACGAGUCGGUGUGUGCGGCUGAUGUCACGCCGCUCCAGGUGACGGACACGCCCCUCAAGUACCGCAUCAUUGCGCUGUCGUGCAUCCUGUUCUUCACGACCGGUGCUGCGUUCGCGGAGAGCACCCUGGGCCCGCUGAAAAGCACGUUCGUUCGCGAGCUCAAGAUUAACAAUGCACAGUUCGCGUCGAUCAGUACGGCAAGUAACCUCGUCAACACCAUGCUGCCUCUUAUCGGCGGCACAGUGAUGGACUACUACGGGAGCAUCUACGGCGCACUGGGCGCGUGCUUCUUCACCGUUCUGGGAUCGGCGAUCGCGGCUGGCGCUGCCAGUUCGAACAACUACCAGCUGCUUAUUGGCGGGCGUAUCGUUAUGGGCCUCGGCUCGAUUGUGCUCGAGAUCUGCCAGAGCAAGCUGUACGCGCACUGGUUUAGUGGCAGUUGGCUGGCCACCGUCAUCGCCCUCGACCUCGCGUGGAACUCGGUGACCGUUGUCAUUGCGCGAGUGAGCGCCGUGCCCAUGUCCCGGCUUGGCGGAUGGUACGGCUGGGCGCUGUGGAUCCCCACCAUUGUGUGCGCGGCGUGCACCUUGAUCGUCAUCGCGUACCUGGUGUUCGAGCGCCGCGUAGUGCCGAAGCGAUACCGGCCCAUCACUGGCCGCCAGGUGCACAAGCAGCGCCUUGCUGCGGGCCUGGAGACGAACGAGGGCGUCAUCUCGCGCAUGCGCACGAGCGUCCUCAACGUCCUCCGCCUCCCGUGCUUCUACCUCAUCCUGGCCGGAACUCACCUGUUCCAGAACUCUGCACGUACGGUAUAUAGCGCCAACCUCACCGACAUCCAGGAGCGCACGCGCGGCACCACUGCCCUCACUGGCGGAUACUACUCGUCCCUGCUCAACGUCAUUGUGAUUGUCGUCGUGCCCCUCCUCGGCAUCUUCUUUGACAAGGUUGGAUGGCGUAUGCCCUUCGUCUCCAUCGGUGCGGCGAUCUACGUCCUCGCCUUCGCCCUCAUCGGCCUGACCAAGGUUAACGCGAUCGCUCCCAUCCUCCUCGCGUCCUUUGGCCUCUCGCUCAACGUCCUCCCCUGGAUUGCGUCAUUCCCUAUCAUCGUCCCCGAUCCGACCCUCAUCGGAACGGCAUACGGCCUCUUCUCGAGCCUCAUCGCGUGCAACAACGUCAUCCUCGAGGUUGCGUGCGGCGCUAUCCAGGACGCGACUCCUGGUCAGACCUACGACCGCGUCAUCUACCUGCUCAUCGCCAUCAAGGCGUGGCAGGUCCUCGAGGGGCCCGUGUUCGACUGGCUGGACGGUCGCAUGCUCGGCCACACCCUCCGGAUGAGCGAGAAGAAGCGCCUCAAGCAUGACGAGGAGUGCGAGGCGACCGGCAAGGUGCUGCCGGGCCUCAAGCGAUACCGGCCCGUCACGAUCAUUGUGGCGUGCCAGUACGUCUCGAUGGUCAUCAUUUCUUGGGUUCUGUUCUUCAUCUACUCCAUGUGA